AUGCCCGUCCAGCCGUACUCUGGCCCAUGGCCUGCCGUGCGCGUCCGCGACCAGUUCUUCCAGUUCUUCCGCGACAAGAACCACUCCCUCGUCCCCUCGUCCCCAACAAUCCCCUUCGAUGAUCCUACCCUCCUCUUCGCAAAUGCGGGCAUGAACCAGUUCAAAUCUAUCUUCCUCGGCACAGUCGACCCACACUCCGAAAUGUCCAAGCUCAAACGCGCUUUCAACUCCCAAAAGUGCAUCAGGGCCGGAGGAAAGCACAACGAUCUCGAGGAUGUCGGGCGCGAUUCGUACCAUCAUACAUUCUUUGAGAUGCUAGGCAACUGGUCGUUUGGAGAUUACUUCAAGAAAGAAGCAAUAGCAUAUUCAUGGGAGCUCCUCACGGAGGUCUACAAACUCUCGCCCGACCGUCUAUACGUCACGUACUUUGAAGGCGACCCCAAGAAUGGCCUCGAGCCCGAUCUCGAGGCAAAGCAGUAUUGGUUGGACACUGGCGUUCCGGAAGACCACAUCAUCCCGGGCAAUGCAAAGGACAAUUUCUGGGAAAUGGGUGCUACCGGUCCUUGUGGUCCUUGCAGCGAAAUCCAUUACGACCGCAUCGGUGGUAGAAACGCUGCGCAUCUCGUAAACCAAGACGACCCCGACGUUCUUGAGAUCUGGAACAACGUUUUCAUCCAAUUCAACCGUGAGGACGAUAGCGCUCUUCGCCCUCUGCCCUCAAAGCACGUCGAUACUGGCAUGGGCUUCGAACGUCUCGUCUCCGUCAUCCAAGACAGACGUUCCAACUACGACACCGAUGUUUUCUUGCCCAUAUUCGCCAAGGUUCAAGAACUUACCGGCGUCCGUCCUUACGAGGGUCGAUUUGGAGCCGACGAUUUAGAUGGCAUUGACACUGCUUAUCGUGUUGUCGCUGACCAUGUCCGCACUCUCACGUUUGCUCUCAGUGACGGUGGUGUCCCAAACAAUGUCGGUCGCGGAUAUGUUCUCAGACGCAUACUAAGGCGCGGUGCCCGUUAUGCUCGCAAGAAGCUGGGUGUCAACAUUGGCUCAUUCUUCUCGUCCUUGAUGCCUGUCGUCAUUGAAACAAUGGGGGCAACUUUCCCAGAAAUCACGAAACGGGUAGAUGAAAUCAAGGAAAUCCUUGACGAGGAAGAAGAGUCUUUCUCCCGGACGCUCGAUCGUGGUGAGAAACUCUUCGACCAGUUUGCCACUCGCGCCAAGGAGCAAGGUGCUACGCAACUCAGCGGCAAGGAUGUCUGGCGCCUCUACGACACCUUUGGGUUCCCCGUCGACCUUACGCGUCUCAUGGCCGAGGAACUCAAACUUACCAUCAACGACGAGGAAUUCGAGAAGGCACAAGCCGAGUCCAAGGAGGCUAGCAAGGCCAACACGAAGAAGGACGGCGCUGUUGUCGUCAAGCUUGAUGUGCAUGAGCUUGCUGCUCUUGAGAAGAACCCUGAUGUUCCAAAGACUGACGACUCUGCCAAAUUCAACCUUGGAAAUAUCACAGCAAACGUCAAGGCAAUCUUCUAUGAAAAAGCAUUCCACCAGUCGACUAGCGGAAUCCCCGUUGAUGCAACAUUUGGAGUUAUCCUCGAUCACACGAGUUUCUAUGCCGAAUCUGGAGGACAAGAGUAUGAUACAGGGAACAUCGUCAUUGACGGUGUUGCUGAUUUCGAGGUCGAGAAUGUCCAAGUAUACAAUGGCUACGUGCUGCACACUGGUCGUCUCAAGUAUGGUCAACUCAAUCUCGACGACGAGGUUGUCUCGUCGUAUGAUGAGCUUCGUCGAUGGCCUCUACGAAACAACCACACCGCAACACACAUCCUCAACUUCUCGCUAAGAGAAAUCCUCGGUGAUCAUAUCGACCAGAAGGGCUCACUGGUUGCACCAACCAAGCUGCGCUUCGAUUUCUCUCACAAGUCUCAGAUUGCUCUGCCAGAGUUGCAGAAAAUUGAGUUGAUGAGCAUUUACUGGAUCAAACGGAAUGUAAAGGUAUUCAGCAAGGAUCUUUCUCUGGAGACCGCGUCUCGCAUUCCAGGUCUACGUGCCGUCUUUGGCGAAUCGUAUCCCGAUCCUGUCCGUGUCGUGACGCUUGAAUAUAGCGUCGAUGAAAUCGCUCAGGACAUCGAAAACCCUAAAUGGCGGCAAACAAGUGUAGAGUUCUGUGGUGGAACUCACGUCGCAAAAACUGGUGAUAUCAAGGACUUUGUGAUCACAGAAGAGUCUGGUAUUGCCAAGGGAAUCCGCCGUAUCGUUGCUGUAACCGGCCACGAAGCGCACGAAGCGACUCGCGUUGCGCAGUUAUUGCAGGAGAAACUUGAAAGUCUCGAAGCUUCCAGUGGCAAGGUGAAAGAUGCUGGUUUGAAGGCCUUCAGCGUUGAGCUCGGCCAGGCAGACAUCUCGCUUUUGAAGAAAGCAGAGUUGAAGGACAAGCUCGCUGUGAUUCGCAAAGCACAUGACAAGCAGAUCAAGGACCGAGAGACGCAGGCCAACAAAGCGGCUGUCGAGCAACUGCAGCAAUACUUCAAGGAUAACGACAAGGCCGACGCUUUCGUCGCUCUCCUCGAUGUCGAUGGAAAUGCAAAGAUUCUGCAAUCCCUCAUCUCGCAAGCAAAACAACUUGGAAAAGGCAUUUACGUUUUCAGCGCCGACCCGGAAACAAAGAAGGUUGCACAUGCAAACUACGUACCGCCUUCUCUGAAGGAGAAAGGCAUUGAUGCUCGGACAUGGGCUGCGAAAGUAACAGACAUCUUGGGUGGAAAGGCUGGCGGCAAGGAAGAAAGUGCUCAGGGCGUCGGCACCAAUGACGACAAGGUCAACGAAGCGGUUGCCGCUGCAACUGGCUAUCUUUUAACUACAACAUCUUAG